AUGACCCCAGCCACGACCUCUCCUACCCCCACGCCCGCGCAGGCGCGCAUCUCCACGACGCUGCAGGCCGCGCUGCGCACCUCGCUGCUCUCCGCGGACGCCCCGGUGGCGCUCUUCUACGACCUGGCGCGGCUGUCGGCCACGUGCCGCGAGCUGGUGGCGGCCUUCCCGCCGUCGGCGCUGCACGCGUUCGCGCUCAAGGCGGCGCCGUUCCCGCGGCUGCUGCGCCACCUGCACGCGUCGGGGCUGGGCGCGGAGUGCGCGUCCAUCGCGGAGCUGGGGCUGGCGGCCGCGGCGGACAUCCCGCCGGCGCGCGUCAUCUACGACUCGCCGGCCAAGACGGACGCGCACCUCGUCGCGGCGCUCUCCGCCGGCGUGCACGUCAACGCCGACUCGUUCGCCGAGCUCGCCCGCAUCGCCGAGCUGAUGCCGCUGCACGCGCCGCGCCCCGCCGCCUCCGUCGGGCUGCGCGUCAACCCGCAGCUCGGCUCCGCGUCCAUCGCCGAGACGUUCACGGCCGCCGCCGCGUGCAAGUUUGGCGAGCCGCUGCGCGAGGCCCGCGCCGACAUCCUCGCCGCGUACGCAAAGUUCCCUUUCCUCGACACGGUGCACGUGCACGUCGGGUCGCAGGGCUGCGGCAUCGACACGCUCGUCGCCGGCGCGCGCGAGGCCGUGGCGCUCGCCGACGAGGUGAACCGCGGCGUCGCCGGGCGGGUCCGGCAGAUCGACAUCGGGGGCGGCCUCUCCGUCGACUACUGGUCGGACGGCGAGGGCAGCAGCUUCGCGGAGAUGGGCGACAGGCUCCGCGGCGAGGUGCCCGGGCUGGCCAAGUACCGGGUGGUGACCGAGUUUGGACGGCGCGUGGCCAGCGCGGCGGGGUUUGUCGCCGCGCGCGUGCAGGCGGUGAAGCGGUCGGGCGGGCGCACGUACGUGGUGUGCCACGCCGGGGCGGACCUGCUGGUGCGGCCCGUGUACCAGGGCGACAAGUGGGGGCACCGGGUCGAGGUGUACGACGCGGCGGGGCGGCUCAAGGGCGGCGAGACCGAGACGGUGGACGUGGCCGGGCCGAUCUGCUUCGCGGGCGACGUGAUCGCGCGGGAUCGGGAGCUGGCGCGCGCGCAGGAGGGCGACUGGAUCGUGGUCAGGGACGCCGGGGCGUACACGCUGAGCAUGUACUGCAGGCACACGAGUCAGCUGACGCCGCCCGUGUACGGCGUGGGCGAGGCGGGGGUGGUGACGACGAUUUGCAGGGGCGAGACCGUGGAGGACGUUGUGCGGUUCUGGGGCGGGGGGGGCGGGGGGGGGAAGUGA